AAUAUCUUGUAGAUGUGAAACGAGCACUGAAGCGCACAAGUUAUAUAGUGACAAAAGAAUAUUGUGACAAAGAUGAAGUAUUUUUACCUGUUGUUUUUGUUUGCUGCCUCGUUAGAAGUGAGUUUUGGAUGCCCUCUGGAAUGCAGUCAAGUGACAUGUGCACAGAGUUUCAAUCCAUUUGAUUGCCCAUCAAACACUCUGUACUCCAACACUGCUGCACUAUGCGGUUGUUGCCCAGGAUGUGUCCGGCUUAAAGGACCCAAUGAAGUGUGUCAAAGUAACACCAACUUAACCUUUGAUGUGACAAACUUUUACACGGUAAAGGGAUCAAUUAUCCUGAAUGUAACUGAUGUUCCACCUGUUGUGGCAUCUCAAGAAUGUGCUCCAGGAUUAACCUGUGACAACAGCCGAUGUUCUAAUUCCAAAUACACGUGCACCACGCCAGACAUCAGCAACUCGAAAUGGUCGCCCGAAUGCGAUAUCGACGGAUCCCACAAGGCGUUGCAAUGCAAAUCCAACGGAGCUGAUCCUCGCUGCUUCUGCUACAGCAAGGAAGGCAAACGCAUUUUUGGCUCCGACUGGAACACGAAGGAAAAGCGCGACAAAAUGAAAUGCCAAUGCGCCAGACUGGUUGAUAACCUCACCAAGAACCAGGAGAAGGACGGCUAUAAAAACAACGACCUCACCUAUCACUGCUCAUCCAACGGCAAUUUUGAGCCCCUACAGUGCAACCGUGGAAUGUGUUACUGUGCCAACACGCAAACGGGCCAGCCCGUCUCAUUCGUCGUCAACGCUCAAAUGUGGAAAACGCUGCCCUGCUAUAACGCGACCACCAUGGGAUUCGAUUACCUCAAGAUUUGCGACAGUCAAGCCAACGCAUUGGCUCUAAUCAAGAAAGAGAUGCGCUACCACGGAGGUAAUCCAAUCACGCUGGCAGCCCCGCAAUGCGACCCCGACGGAUCCUUCUACGCUAAGCAGUGCGACGGCAACCAGUGCUACUGCCGCUCACGUGCAAACGAAAAUAUCGGGACUUACUCCACGCAGCUCAACACGGACCCGGAGGUGACGCAAGAAUGCCUUUGCGCUCGUGACAAAGUGAUUUUUCAGGAUGCCAAUAAAGCGCACGAAUACAUUUGCAACAGCGGAGGCGAUUACGAGCCCAUGCAAACGAUCGGAGGCUCCGCCUUUUGCAUGGAUCGCGACGGUUUCAUCACCUCUGAAUACGUGCCAGUCGCAAACAAGUGCACUCUACCGUGCAAAAAUGACGUCAUGUGUCCGGUUCGCUAGGAGAAAACCUUGAUUGCCCAUAACAAAAUAUAUGUAAUAAUAAUUUACGCAGUUUGUAUAACGUCACACACAAAUCGAAACAAUAAAUCUUGAAAAAUAAAAGUCCCUAAAAACAAACUCGUUUUGGUGACCUUCUUCUUCAACGAACCUUUUGGGUGCUGAAGAAAGAAGAAAACAACCCAAAAAAUGAACACCAGUCGAGUGUGCUGCCCACCGCCGGCAAACUUUCAUCUCUUUUUUUAUUUUCUUACUAUAGUGCGAGAGAAAAAGUGUUUGUGUGACGUGUCCCACACGUGCCGGGAAUAAACAAACACACACACACGGCGACUCUGCUGUCGACUCUUUGAAUAGUUUACCAAUUCCAUCCCAAAUAGGAGCCCCCCCUGAAAAACUAAACACACUAUUAAAAUUGGUAGAAGAAGAAGAAAAGUCGUACAUGGACAGUUCAGAGUGGAUCAGACGAUGCCAGAAGUAAGGAGCGUCCAACAAGUUCGUAGAGUUUUGAUUUUGGGCUCUUCCAAUUCGGGACAUCCGGUUGAAAAGACAAACAACAACAAUGGCGGCGAUAAAUGGGACGACUAGUGAGUCCUUAAACGAGAUAAAAAUGCACCGACAAGCCCAAGUUGGAGAGCGUUCCGUCGCUUUGAUAAAAUAUAAAAGUUAAGGAAAAAAGAAGACAAAAAGAAACCGGAAUGUGAAACCAAAAGAGAUUGGGGGACGAACUAGACGACGUGAGUGAACGAGUCAAAGAGCCCAGCUCUUAACAGGACACUAGCGAGAACAAUGGUCAACAUCUUCUCUUCUUGAAAAGGAACGGACACCAAAUAAAAUCUAAGCGCAGGCACACAAAAGGCGAAAAUGCAACAACAACAACAACAACAACAACAACAGUGGUGGUGACCGCCAGGGGGAGGAGUGGCCGCCCCUUUCGGCUGCCGUAAACGUAAAUGCGGCGCUGCAUACAGAGCGGCAGCGGUGGCGGGCAAUGGAAACCUCCAGCUGCGUGCCAGUUGUGAACCGUCCGCGAUCGUCUCUCCCCGCACUUGUGUGUGUCUCUUCCCCUCAUCCCCGUCCAUGUAUAACUUGGUUUCUUUUUCUUUUUCUCUUCUCAAACAUUUCUGACUUUGGGACGACGGUCGGGAGUCUUUCUUGGUCCUUGGGCGGGGAAACAUCAACCGACCACAAGCUCUCCCCCCUUUAGCAAUAAAAAAACGACCGCGGGAGGGACCGUUCAAGCCCCGCAUCGACUCGUUUCCGUUUUGUCGAGAGCUCUCGAGUUUCGUCGUCUUUUCUUGAUUCGUUUUCGGCAUUGUUGAUCGGCAGCUCGUGAGGGAAUGUCGUGCGGGACGGCUCCGAAACAACAGUAGCGCCAAAAAAAGAAGAAAAAGAAAACCAACAAAGUUUCGUGUGAUGGCGUUUUGGAUAGAUGAGUGGCACCUGCCUCGAAAUCAUCAUCGUCGCUACUUACGCCUGUCAUAAGUCAAACAGGAAGAAGAACAAGUCAAGGCAUUUCUUGAUUGCCCAACUGACAGACAGACAAGUGCAGCGGGGGUUUUUGUUCCACAUUUGAUUCAAGUCAUCCUUUACGGACAAGGUUUAUUUGAUUUGAAAAAAUAUAACCGGCAACUUGUUAUCUUAUUCCCGUCCGUCGGGUUGCACAAGUGAACUUUCCCGCGCGAAAUCUCAUUGACCACCCGAACGAUAUGCAAAUCAUCUAGGACCCAGAAAUUUCU